GGCUGGGAAGGGAAUGGGGGUGUUGAAUUUGGAUUUUGGAGGGGUCACUGGUGGACGGUCAGUUUGGGGCGCCGAGGGCGGAGAUGGGGGUCCAAGAGGGCUGAGAGUGGGGAUCCGGGGAAGCUCAGAUGGGAGUCCGAGGAAGCUCAAAGUGUGGGGUUCUAGAAGACAGAGUCGGGGGAACCAAGGGGUUCAGGGAGGGAAGGUGUGAGAGGGGUCAGGCUCAGGGUCAAAGGUCCAAGGGGGCUGCAGGGAAGGGGCGCUCGGGAAGAGAAGUCUGAGGGGAGUCUAGAGUGGGGAGGAUACAAGGAGACUGAAAAUGGAUGUGUCUGAGGAAGCUUAGAUUGGGGGCACAAGCGUGCUCAGAAUGGGGCGUCUGAAAAGGCUUGAGGCGGGAGGAGGGUCUAUGAGGACCUCGAAUAUUGUUAGAGAGCCGGGCUCGGGAUUGCAGGUCUGAAGUUUUUAGGAUGAGGUCUCAAAUGAAGGUGUUUAAAGGGGGUCUGGGGUGCAGCCCUGGGGGAUACGUGUGGAGCUCUUAAGAAAGGCUCCCGGUGGAGUCUGAGGCUGUUCUCUGUAGAGGCUUGAGACGGCAGACGUGUGUAAUUUGAUGGGUAUUUGGUGGAUGGAGUCUGGGGGGAGUACUGUGGGUGCUCACUGUGUCUGGGCAGGGAGCCUAGGGGUGCACUGAGUGGCUUUUGAGAUGCUGAGGACGUCUAGGUUUUCGAAACCAAGUGAGUUUCACUAGAGGGCUGAGGUGAGGCCCUGGCCCAUGAUGAGACCAGAAAGCUGGAUCACAGCCUGCGGGUGGGAGGCUUGCUGAUUUCAGCAUGUUCUCGCCUCCCCACAGGAAUGACCGGGUACACGGACUUGAUGUCAAUGGAGGAUCAGGACGCCAGGGUUCCAGCUCUGGAACCAUUCAGGGUGGAGCAGGUUGUCAGCACCGGGGGUGCAGAGGGUGAAGGCACCACCUGUAAUCUACUAUGUCCCCGACUUCAUCUCCAAGGAAGAGGAGGAGUAUUUGCUUCGACAGGUCUUCAAUGCCCCAAAACCAAAGUGGACCCAGCUCUCCGGGAGGAAGUUACAGAACUGGGGUGGGCUCCCCCAUCCCCGGGGGAUGGUUCCUGAGCGGCUGCCACCGUGGCUCCAGCGUUACGUGGACAAAGUGUCUGACCUCAGCCUUUUUGGGGGUCUCCCAGCCAACCACGUCCUUGUGAACCAGUAUCUGCCUGGGGAGGGCAUCAUGCCCCACGAGGAUGGGCCACUGUACUACCCGACUGUCAGCACCAUCAGCUUGGGCUCCCACACCAUGCUGGACCUCUACGAGCCUCGGCAGCCAGAGGACGAUGACCCUACAGAGCAGCCUGCUGGUGCUCCGUGGCACCGCCUACACGCGCCUCCUCCACGGCAUCGCAGCCGCCAGCGUAGACGCGCUCGACGCCGCCUCCCUGCCGCGAAACGCAGCCGCUUGCCCCUCGGCGCAAGCCGGAGCCCGCUUGGUCCGCGGCACCCGCGUCUCGCUGACCAUCCGCCGCGUACCCCGCGUGCUGCGCGCUGGCCUCCUGCUCAGCAAGUGACGCCAGGACCCAGGACCCGCUCGGAUUCCCGAGCUCUCGCCUGCUCUGGACUGCUGGCUCCCUGUGGGCAGAGGCGGUUCCCCCCGGGUUAUUUUCCCAGUACCUGUGAGGGAACCACAGGAAAAGGCCCCAUUCCGAAUAAACCACCAACAAAACAAUCUUACUCUGGUUUUGGACAUUUGGGGGUGGGGGGCCAGAUGUUUGGGUACCUGAGGGGCGCUGCGUCCGGGACCUUAGAUGGAUGGUGUGGGCUGCCGAGGUCAGAUGUUCGGGUCACAGAGUGGAGAAGAACCCAGGGCUCUUGAGGGGCAGGGUUAUAUCUGGAAACCCCUUAGGUGGGUGGGGUGAGCUUGGGAGGUUCAGCUACUGGUCCGCUGGGGAGGAAGGAGUUAAGUGGUGCUACUA